GGCUGGCGCGGCUCCGGGCCACGGGGUGGCUUUUGUCGGUGGUUGUGGCGCGAGCGAGGACCGGGAAGGGCAGGAAGGAAGCGCGGACCACGCGGCACCGCUAUGGCUAGUCCACGGAUAUCCUUUAUCGGGGAGAUGUCACUUUGUGUCCGCGACGCUAGGCGCGAUCGGAUCACGCCGCGACGGCUUAACCGCGAGGAGGCAGUGGAAUAAAAGUGCGGUCGAGAAACCCUUCCUUAUUCCUUAAGGGACUCUUCGCCUCUGAUGUUGAGCGCCGACGGGACGUCGAUGACCGAUCAUCCACGAGGGAGGAGCCUCGUUCUGUCCUUACGCGACGUCAGGAUCGCGCAAACGCAUCGUCUCAUCCUUAUCUAGGAAAAGGAGAUAGACCGGGAAUUCGGGAACUUUGGGAACUUUCACGAUGCGAGGGAAGACGUAACCCGUUGCCGGGUCCAGAUCUAAACUAGGAAAGCCAAACCUCGCGUCGUACACAAUAAUAAACACAAUAAUCAUAAACAGCGAUCCGACCUGUGCGAACCCCGUAACAUGGUAGAGAGCACUUAUGCGAGCGACUCGCCGAGAUCCCGCUCGCCCAUGACAGAGCCGUCGAGUCCGCUCCACGAUGGUCCCGGUAUAUCCGGCUACGGCCACCACAAUAGCUACCUAUACAGCUACUCGCCCGAGGCGGGCGGUCAGAAUCACAUCGUCGCGACGACGAGGCGCAACAACGGGAGCGAGACGAGCGACGCCAGGAGUCCGCGGAACCCUCGCGAGUCCUCGGUGCCCUCGCGACCGGGUGGUUCCUCCGCCUCCACCCUCUCGUCCCCCACGUCGCUCUUCACCAUCGACAGCAUCCUGGCGCCCAGACCGAUCGGCAACGUCAUCGCGCCCACGACCACCACUUCCGUCGCCGCGUCCGCGAUCCAGACCCCGGAGACGAUCGAGUCCGCCGCCAGCCGGACGAUCCAUCCCCUGCAGCAGCAGCUGCAUCACUUGGCGUUCACCUCGGCGGAUUUUCUCGCCGCGGCAUAUCCCGGUUUGUAUCCCGGAGGAUACGUCGCGGCGAUGGCCGCCGCCGGCGUUUCUCUUCACGGACAGCCGGCCUUCUAUCACGCCGGCCAUCCUUAUCAGAUAAAUCCGAAUAAUCCGGGAAUGGGCCCGAUGGCGAAGCGAAAACGCCGCCACCGAACGAUAUUCACGGAGGAACAGCUGGAACAAUUGGAGGCCACCUUCGACAAGACGCAUUAUCCCGAUGUGCUCCUGCGCGAGCAACUGGCCCUCCAGGUCGACCUCAAGGAGGAGAGAAUCGAGGUGUGGUUCAAGAACCGUCGGGCCAAGUGGCGGAAGCAGAAACGGGAGGAGCAGGACCGUCUGCGGAAGCUGCAGCUGGAGCAGCGUCAGCGCGCCGACGACGGCGGUGCCGCGGCGACGGUGAUGGUGGGCGAUCGUUUGAGCCUGAGCAGGCAGCAGCAGCAGAAGCUCGAGCAAGACACGGACAGCUCCGAUCUCGAGGUCGCGUAGUGCGACGACUACGAGACUAGGCGAGGCGCCGAUUUCGCGUGUCGCGACACCAGGAGGUCCCGGGGCGACUUCCGCGCCCUUAUUUCUCAGCAACGACCGGGGCGGCAUGUAUAUACGUAAUUGCGCUGUAAAUAUCACUGUAAAUAUGAGUAACGAUGGAUGUGUACGAUACCGAAAUAAAUUAUUGCGUCGGAGCAAGAA